ACGCGCGGCAACCCAAAAUCUGAUAAAUUUCAAGUUUCCCACUUCUCUUCAAUACCGAAACUAAAAAUCAAAUUUCAAUUAACUCCCUAUUUAUACAAUCGUUUCACUUCAAACCGUCUCGCUAAAACUUCAAGUCAACCCAUCUCUUUCGACGAUUCAGUCCCUCUUUCUUACUCGGCUCGACUCGGUUUGUCUUCACAGAGAAAAAGAAGGGGAAAAAAUGGGAGGUGGGUACCCAACAAAGGCAAGGAAGCGAGUUGAGGCUUCCACUGAGUCUACUACUACUGCUGCUGCUCCCUCUCUUGUUCGAGGCAAAGAUGGCAGUGCUUUUGCUCGAUGUGACGAGUGUAAGAAAGAUGUUCCCGUGGCACUGAUCAGUUUCCACAGUUGCAGUCUUGAUGCUAAAAUUAAAAUGAAUCUUGAUGCCCAAGUUGUGGAGGCACCUCCGGAGGUCAAGAAGGCAACUGAGAGGAAGAAACCCACAUCAACAGAACCAAAGGCAAAGAAAGCAAGAGUUGGGAAGAAGUCUAAGGACAAUAAUCCUAACAAGCGCAAGCGCCCCCCCACUGCUUUCUUUAUCUUCAUGGAUGAUUUCAGAAAGGAAUUCAAGGAAGCCAAUCCUGACUCUAAGGAUGUUAAAGUGGUUACAAAAGAGGGUGGUGCAAAGUGGCGGGGUAUGUCUGAUGAAGAGAAGAAAGUUUAUCAGGACAAGGCUGCCGAGCUUAAGGCAGAGUAUGACAAGGCUGUGCUGGCGGAUAAUUCUGAAGAUGGUGAUGUAGAUGCGGAGGCAAAUGCAGAGGCUGAUACUGCUGAAGAUGUAGAUGAAGAAGCAGGUUCAGAGAAAGAAGCUUCAGAAAAAGAAGUUGAAGAAGUAUCUGAUGAAGAGUAGAAUACCUAGAGUUAUUUUAUAUUUUGGUGGAAUUUAUAUUUCCUCUUUGGAUCUCUUGUAAAAAAAUCAAGUUGUAGUCAUUGCAAUAUAGUCUACGAAGUUGUUCUUUUUGGAUGUUGAAUGCUUGGUAACUAUAUUAUAGGAUAAUUUUUGCUCUUAGUUAUAAUGGCUCUUUUUUUUUUUUU